AUGCUUAUAAAGAAGGGUUUACCUACUAACGAAUACCUAUAUAAAAUUCCCAAACCUGGUAAAAGAUUUAGUUACAUUGUAGUAGUACCUGAAGAGAUUUAUGAAAACUUCUUGGAUCGCAAAAAGAAAUCCAAGAAGAAGAAAUUAAAAAUUGCUAAGAAUUUAUUGCAAAGCAAUGACUCUCAGAGUCUAGAUGAAAAUGAAAUAGCAAAAAUUAAAGAUAAAGAGUUACAGAAGUUGGCUAAAAAAUGGCUCAAAAAUUAUAUUAAGAACUUACAUAAUGCUCCAAAAAAAGAGGAAGCCAUUAUCUGCCAUUUAUGGAAAGAUACUACUAUUUUGCAGAAAAAAUAUUUAUCAGAUCUACUUUCAAAAUUGUCUAAGCUCAAUAUAGAAUAUAGAAAUAGGUUGUAUAAAUUAAUUAUGCAAGCACAAAAAUACAAGACUAAUAUUACAAUUUUGGAAAAAUAUAUAUUUCGAUAUAAUCUGGAAUCAGAGUGUAAAGUAUUAAUAGAUUUCUGGAAUACAUGGUAUAAGGUAACUAGUCUUGAGAUUGCACAUUUUCAAGCAUUAUCUAUUAUGCAAAACAGUAAAAAAGAUGUCCUAUCCAAAUCAGAAAUUGAUGAGAUUGUUGAUCUAUAUUGUUAA